AAAAUAAUAUUAACGGGUUCGGGCACCAUAAUACAUCUAAAAUAAGCAUCACAAUGAGGUUUGCAAUGUUGCGCCCGAAGGCACGGGAUGAAGACCCAGUCAGUGACGUCACGAAAUGCUAAUUUGUUUAGUCAUACCUACGUAACCACCGUUACCAAAAUUGUGCUUUUUUUACAUUCAAACUUGAAAAAAAAAUCUACCUACUGUUACUGCAAACCAACAUAUUUUUAAGGAUGGCCUUAUCACAAAAUCGUCUGUCUGAAAUGUCAAAACUAAAUAUUCUCGAAAACAAAAUCUUCUUCACUAUGUUUACUAACAAUUUACUACACAGCAUGAAAUCACUUUAUGAUUGUCGCAGUCUCUUGCUUCACUCUGAUUGGACAGAUCCAAGCGCGCACUUAUUCAGUAUUUCGGAAUGACGUCAUCAAUAUUCUGCUCGUCCACCUGUUUACAUUUAAGUUUAAACUCCAGGAGUCCGCGAGUUUCUGUAUAAACGCUUUACACGGAUCUUACAAACGCUUCUGAAAAUGAGCGGAAACGUCGAUUCAACAUUAGAAGCCGAGAUAUCAGCUGGGAUGGAAGUCCGGAUCAACCGAAGAAACUUUCCCUUCAACUUGUGGAAUUUGGUGAAUGAUCCUCAGAUUUGUUCAAUCUGCUGGGAUGACAGUGGGGAAGGAAUCCUGAUCUGUCCAGAGUCCUUCAAAGCUGAAGUGCUGUCUAAAGCCAACAAGGAGAAGAUCUUCAGAACUACUAAUUUCAUCAGUUUUGUUCGUCAGCUAAACCUGUAUGGCUUCAGAAAAGUUUGCCCAGAUUAUAAGAUCUCGUUGAAGCAAGUCGGCUUCAUACAGCACUUUUACAACCCGAACUUCAAACGGGCAAACCCGGAGCUUCUGGCAAAGCUACAGAGACUCACACCUUCCAGCAGGGCCAAGCUUACCACUGGGCAAGAUGUCUCCAACCACCCAAAGAAUCAUAGCUGUAUCCCAGGAGCUUUGGAUCCCAACAUGCCCUGCUCCCAACAAGAAGUUGCCUCCUCCGCUCAUUGUGGCUAUUAUCCUGACUCAUUUAGCCACCUCCAGUACACUGGCCAGGAUCCUAACUGUGAAUCAGCUGAUGUCCAGGAUGACUCAUUUAGCUACCUUCUGUACACUGGCCAGGAUCCAAACUGUGAAUCAGCUGAUGUCCAGGACGACUCAUUUAGCUACCUUCUGUACACUGGCCAGGAUCCAAACUGUGAAUCAGCUGAUGUCCAGGACGACACAUUUAGCCACCUUCUGUACACUGGCCAGGAUCCAAACUGGGAAUCAGCUGAUGUCCAGGACGACUCAUUUAGCCACCUUCUGUACACUGGCCAGGAUCCUAACUGGGAAUCAGCUGAUGUCCAGGACGACUCAUUUAGCCACCUUCUGUACACUGGCCAGGAUCCUAACUGUGAAUUAGCUGAUGUCCAGGACGACACAUUUAGCCACCUUCUGUACACUGACCAGGAUCCAGAUCCCAGGAAGAGUCACAUGAACCUGGACACUGUAUUCGAUGCAGAAGAUGCAAUGGAGGCUGCUGAUUUCUUCACUCUUCUUGACUUGUGAAGACAGUUAAAUAUCAUUCAUUAUUUAUAUUAUAUUUAUUUAUAUUUAUUAAAUAAUUCUAAUUAUUA